UUUUUUUUUUUUGAUCUUAUUAGUAUUAUUCAUUCAUUUAACUAUCUAAAUAAUAUCGUACUAUGGGCUCAAUCCCUUCUUUUAAUGAUGUGACAUACAAUUCUAACAAUUCAAAUAAUAAUGGUGGUAAUAAGAAACUUCAAUUUAUUGUAAUUGGAGCUGGUUUAAUUGGUCCAAGACAUGCGGAUCAUAUAGUAUCAAGACCUGAUUGUCAAUUACUAGCUAUUGUAGAUCAUUCAGCAAAGGGUCCAUUAGUAUCUAAACAAUUUAAUACUCGUCUAUUUAAAAAUUUAACUGAAUUAUUUGAAUUUUGUGAAUUUAAUAAUGAAGGUGUAACUUAUCCUGAUGCAGCCAUUAUUGCAACUCCAAAUCAUACUCAUGUUGAUUUAGGAUUACAAUUGGCUUCAAAAGGUAUUCAUUUAUUAGUUGAAAAACCUUUAGCACCAACUGCUGAAGAUUGUAAAACUCUUGUUGAUUAUUGUCAUUCCAAAAAUAUUCAUCUUUUAAUUGGUCAUCAUAGAAGAUUUAAUCCUUAUAUUAUUACUACUAAAAAGAAUUUAAAGAAAUUAGGUCAUUUGGUUGCUAUUCAAGGUACUUGGACAUUAUGUAAACCUCCUUCAUAUUUUCUUGAAAAACCUUGGAGAUCUUCACUUGAAUUAGGUGGUGGUACAUUAUUAAUUAAUCUUAUUCAUGAUUUAGAUUUAUUACAAUAUUUAUUAGGUCCCAUUGAAAAAGUAUAUGCUGAAUUAUUAUCUAAACAAAGAAUUGAUAGAUUUGAUAAUCAUAAUAAUAAUAUUUCACCUAAUUCAAUUGAAAAUUCUAAUCUUGUUGAUGAAGGUGCAGCAUUAACUUUAAAAUUUGCUAAUGGAUGUUGUGGAACUUUUAUUUGUUCAGAUAAUGUAACUUCACCAUUUUCUUUUGAAGUUGGAACAGGUGAAAAUCCAACUGUACCAUUUAAUGAAGAAGUUCAUGGAUUUUAUAGAAUAUUUGGAUCUCAUGGUACAAUAUCAGUACCUGAUAUGAAAUUAUAUCAUCAAAAGGAUAAUGAAUUUGAAGAUGAUUAUGAAUUGAUUAAUAAUUCAAUGAGUAAUAAUUUUGAUGAUGCCAGAUCUUGGUUGAAGCCCAUUGUUACUGAACAAUUAAAAAUGGAUCAUGAAGAAGAAGAUGAAGAUAAUGAACUUGAUAUUGAUAUGGAAAAUACAUUAUUACCAACUCCAUCUCCAUCACCAAAUUAUAAAGAGUAUAGUCCAAUACAUAAUUCGACUCGUCCUACUGAAUCAUCAUCAACCACCACCAAAACAAAGGAAAAACCCAAACCAUUUGACUUACAACUUGAUCAUUUUGUAAACAUUAUCACAGGUAAAGAAUCCUAUGUUAAAUGUACCGGUGAAGAUGCAUUACAAGCUUUACUUUGUAUUGAAGCAGUUAUGAAAUCAAUCCAAUCUGGUUUACCACAAUUUGUCAAGAAUAUUGAUCAAGUCCAACCCAAUAAUGAAUUAUUGAAUGAAUAUAAAAAUUGAAAAAUCUCUAAAACUGUUUAAUUCCUAAAAUUCCAAAAAAUGGCUAAAAAAAAUGCAAAAUAUUUUGCAACUAUUUUAUUUAUUAAUUGUUGUUAAUGUUCUUCUUCUUCUUAUUAUUACUAUUAUUAUUUCUACUAUUACUUUUACUAUUGUGCUACAGGAUAUCGGCUUUUUAUGUUUAGUUCAUCAUAUUAUAUUAUAUAUUAUUUAACUAAAUAUAUG